UACCAAAACAAGAAAGUAAUGGAGGUCCCAAUAGGGUUUCUGGAGAAACUGUGGAGUUUUGUCUCUUUCCUUCCCUUCUUCUUCCUUUUGCUGCUUCUUGGCCUCUUCAAGGCCCUGAUUUGUGGUCCAAUCUCAUCUGCUAUAAUUUUGAUUGGCAAUUCCUCUGUGAUCAUUGGCCUUUGGCCGGCACAUUUCAUUUGGACCUACUACUGCUUGGCGAGAACCAAGAGAAUCGGGCUGGUUUUGAAGACCUUGGCGUUGAUAUUUUUUCCACUGCCUUUGCUACUCUGGCCAGUUACUGGUAUUGCAGGAAGUCUCCUAGGUGGAAUCGCUUACGGUUUUUUCACUCCCCUUAUGGCGACAUUCGAGGCUGUAGGGGAGUCUAUUACUAGCAAAUCCUACCAUUGUAUUGUUGAUGGUUCCUUGUCAACUAUAAAAGGGAGUUGCACUGUGGUUACGGACUUCACUGAUUUCUGUUUCCAUUCUUAUUUCUCCUACAUGGAUGAGUUGAGAGAAAUGGUCUCCGCCGAUGCUAAACCUUUAGAGAUAAGGUUGUCUCUGGUGCCGAGUUGUUUGCUUGCAGGUCUCAUAGGUGUGGUGGUAGAUGGUGUUUUGAUAACAGUUGUUGCUCUUUAUAAAAGUCCAUAUAUGUUGCUCAAAGGAUGGAAAAGGCUAUUAGAAGACCUUGUUGGUAGGGAAGGCCCAUUCUUGGAGACUGUCUGUGUUCCAUUUGCAGGUCUUGCGAUAUGUCUGUGGCCACUAGCUGUCGUGGGAGCUGUUAUAGCUUCGAUCUUCUCCAGUUUCUUUCUAGGACUCUACAGUGGAGUCAUCGUUCAUCAGGAGGACUCUUUCAGAAUGGGGUGUAAUUAUAUAAUAGCUGCGGUAUCACUGUUUGACGAAUACGUAAAUGAUUUACUCUAUAUAAGAGAAGGAACUUGCCUCCCAAGGCCUUGCUAUAGGACGAAAACAGACACUGUUCAUGGGAAGAAAGUAUUAGGAGAGAGGAAGAACGUUGAUCUCAAUAGCAGAAUAAACGGCUCCCGGCUUGUUUCAGAACAGUCGAGGACACUGAAAAAAGCGAUCACACUAUAUAAACCAGUUCAGGUAUGGGAAUGGUUGUUUAAGUCUUGUGAGGUGAAUGGGAGGAUCCUUAUUCGAGAUGGCUUGAUAAAUGUGAAAGAUGUAGAGCAAUGUCUUGUCAGGGGUAAUUGUAAGAAGCUCUUUAUCCAACUACCCGCUUGGACCGUGUUACAAUGUCUCCUUGCAUCGGCUAAGUCUAACUCGUCCGGGUUGGUGAUCACUGAUGGUGUGGAGCUUACGGAACUAAACAGCCCAAAAGACAGAGUGUUUGUGUGGCUCGUUGGGCCUUUACUGAUAAUGAAGGAGCAGAUAAAGAAUCUGAAGCUGACUGAGGAUGAAGAGUAUUGUCUAAGGAAAUUGGUGAUGGUAUACAAAAACGAAAGAACCGAAAACUGGGAUAGCACCGGGUUCCCCUCGAGUGAUUCAGUGAGGAAAGCACAAUUACAGGCCAUAAUUAGAAGGCUGCAGGGAAUGGUAGCAUCGAUGUCAAGGAUACCAACGUUUCGUCGUAGAUUCAUGAACUUGGUCAAAGUGCUGUACAUAGAAGCUCUUGAAGUGGGUGCGUCUGAAAACCGAGCUGGUGGGAUUCUUAUAACCGAGAGAGACCAAACGCAAAAGAUGGACCAGAGUGCAACAACAGAUAUGGAAGUUGUAUAAAUAGUUUCGGAUAUCUCAUCAUUUCUUUUUUUUUCUCUUCCCUACGCUUCAGUCUUUCUAAGGUGGGCGUUUCCUCUGCUGUAUGUGUGUACGUGGAUUUUAGUGGUAUUUCCUGUAUAUUAAAUUUUCCUAGCU